GGGCCGGGGCGGGGCGACCCUUAUAAGGCUCGGAGGCCCCUGGGCCGGAGGCCAGAGUUCCGCCGCCGCCGCCGCUGCAGCUGCCUUUCCUGCUCCUGUCCCGCUCGCAUCCGCUCCCGCACCAUGCCGCCCUACACCAUUGUCUACUUCCCGGUUCGAGGGCGCUGCGAGGCCGCGCGCAUGCUGCUGGCAGACCAGGGCCAGAGCUGGAAGGAGGAGGUGGUGAGCAAGGAUCUCUGGCUGCAGGGCACCCUCAAAGCUUCCUGUCUGUACGGGCAGCUCCCCAAGUUCCAGGACGGAGACCUCACCCUGUACCAGUCCAAUGCCAUCCUGCGCCACCUGGGCCGCUCACUGGGACUGUACGGGAAGGACCAGCGGGAGGCAGCCCUGGUGGACGUGGUGAACGAUGGCGUGGAGGAUCUCCGCUGCAAAUAUGCUCAACUCAUCUACACCAACUACGAGGCGGGCAAGGAGGACUACGUGCGGGAGCUGCCCAGGCACCUGAAGCCUUUCGAGACCCUGCUGGCCCAGAAUCAGGGCGGCCAGGCCUUCAUCGUGGGCAACCAGGUCUCCUUCGCUGACUACAACCUGCUGGACCUGCUGCUCAUCCACCAGGUGCUGGCGCCCGGCUGCCUGGACGCCUUCCCCCUGCUCUCGGCCUACGUGGCCCGCCUGAGCGCCCGGCCCAAGCUCAAGGCCUUCCUGGCCUCCCCUGAGCACGUCAACCGCCCCAUCAACGGCAACGGGAAACAGUGAGGGCUUGUGGGACCUCCAGAGGAAACAGGGGACGCCCACAUCCCUUUCCCCAGAACCAAUAAAACUUCUAAGAGAGAA